UAUAGCUACAACUUAAUUAAAGACAAGGAUAAGAUAAGACCAUGCCUUUUUUGCUUUAAUUAUUCCUCCAUUUUUCCAUUUCUAACUAUUUAUAAUUUGGGAAGCUAAAGGCUAAAGCCCCCGCCCCUCUGCCGUCCUUAAAUACGAUACCGAAUAAACAAAUCCCCAAAUUCAGAAAUACAUUGUUGCAAAUAAAUUGGAUCAACACAACAGCAAUCAUCCUUGAAUUAAAAAUAUAAUAUAAAAAUGAUGGGCGGUGCGAGCUAUCCGGCGGUGGAGGUCGCCGUGGUCAGCCCGCAGUUCUGCGUAUCUUACCCCGUCGAUCUCAUCGUCACGCGGAAGCUGAUGACUCUCGAAGACGGAACUUUCGGAGUCACCGACGUCAACGGCAACCUCCUGUUCAGGAUCAGAGGGAAAGUCUUCAGCCUCCACGACCGCCGCGUAUUGCUCGACGCUGCCGGAAACCCUAUCAUCACGUUCCAGCAGAAGCUGCUGACGGCGCAUAGGAGGUGGCAGGCUUUCAGAGGAGAGAGCACGGAUUCGAAGAAUAUGCUUUUUAAUGUGAGAAAGUCAUCGAUGAUUCAAUUCAAGACGAAGCUGGAUGUGUUCAUGGCUGCUAAUUCGAAAGAGGAUCGCUGUGAUUUUAGGAUUGAAGGCAGCUGGUUUGAGCGAUCCUGCGCCAUAUACGCCGGUGAUACUAAUAAUGUCAUUGCUCAAAUGCACAAGAAACACACUGCCCAAAGCAUUCUGCUUGGAAAGGAUACAUUUUGUGUGACAAUAUAUCCAAAUGUUGAUCAUGCCUUCAUAGUUGCACUUGUGGUGAUUCUUGAAGAAAUUAAUGAAGAUAGAUCAGGUGAUGAUUGAUGUAAUAAUUUAUUUGAAUUAUCGUAUUAUAAAUUAUUACAUGUUUGUGGUUUAAAAUUAGGGUACUAAGUUACGGUAUUGUAAUGAAAUGGAUAUUAUUGUUUAAUGAGGCUACAUGAAGCUCCAUGUUUCAUUUUUA